AGCCAUCUCUUUUUUUAUUUUUUAUUUUUUUUUAUUUUGGAUAAAAACAUGUCAUCGCUGUCUGAACAUACAUACUCGUGCAAUUAUAAAACUCCAUUUUCAGAGAUUCAUGCAAAGUCUGGAAGCCAAAAAAAGCUCACAAAGAGACAAAGAGAAGUGGGCUUGGAAAAGAGAGAGUGUAGAUAUGAAGUGACAUACAUUCACAUGGUAAAGAGAGAGAGAUAAGGGUGAUGGAGGGAAAAAAAGGGACUUUGCCAUCUGUUGCGCUGGGGAGCACUACUCGGGUUUCCCAAUCUCUCCCCCUCCUUUUUUUUUAACUUUGUGGGGUCUGGUCAAUUGUGAAGGUGAUGGUGCCAAAGGAAACCCUCUUUCUCAUUGCUUCUUAUUCUCUCUCCUCCUCUAUCUCUCUGUCAUACCCUUUGAGCUUUUCCAACAAAUUUUCAAAACCCUAAAUCCCAAAUUUGCUGCCUUGGAUCUUUCUUUGCAUGUUGAUCAGGAAAGUGCAUUGCGAAAGGGAAUCAUUUAGAAGAGUUGUGGGCUUCAUGCAAGCAUAGGACGUUAUCAUGGUCUUUGUCAAGAUAAAAUAAGUAGCUACCGGCAAGAAAUCUAGAAUGUUUCGCAAAUCAUGUAAGCUGGAACUUCACAGAAUAUCAUAUGCACAUGGUGAUUGGCAGUGAGAGAUACAUAAGGAAGAGAGCUACAGGAUUUGUUGAUUGAUUAUUCAUCUUCAUGAGUGUAAUUAAUUGUUAAUUCUGGGCCUUGGAUAUCCGUUUGAUUUUGCAACCUUCUCUAUUAAUUGGUGAUGGAGCAAUGUGGCAAGUUUCUGUCAAAAUUGUCUACAACAUGGUAGACCUUGGCUUUCCUGAUGAUAACUGUAUGUAGAACAAAGAAGGGAAGAGACUGUGGAAGAAGUUGGCAUUCAGUUGAUUGGUAGAGAUGUUACUUGGUAAAGAAAUUGAGGAUUUACAUGAUGAUGCAUUUGAGGGAUCAAAAACAGAGCACUGUAUAUUCACAGAGGUUUUCUUCAGUAAUGGUGUUGGUGGCAACAAUAAGAGGUGUCUUGUUACUGGAGUAAUCAACUUUGAAUGUGACUCCAGCAAGAAUGGAGAUACAUCAUUUUGUUCAAACAGUGAAAACUCGUCUGUAACAAGUCAUUCUUCCUCUAAAAAUACAUGUCUGGAGGAACAUUCUAAUGAAACGGAGGAAUUUAAGGAUGGGUGUCGCGGGGACAAAUUUGCUUUGGUAAUGAGGAAUGGUGAGGAUGUGAGUGGUAAAAGAAUGAAGUUUUCAGUUGAUGAGCUUACUAAUUGCAAACCUGACUUGGGAACAUUUAUAAAUUCAUCUGCAUUUUCAGAGAAAAAUGCUUCCAGCAUGUUCUGUCCUGCUAAAUAUCCUCUGUGUGAAAGGGUUGCAUGUCAUCUGGUUGAAUCUUCCAGUCAGGGAGUAACAUCUAGUUGCUAUCUAUUAAAGCAAAAUGUAGAGAUGGAUAGAGAGGGCAGAAUGAGUGAUCCAAAUGCUUUGAAGUGUAGAUUCCUAAGCUUGGAAGGGAAUGAUGGAAAGGAAGCAGUUGGAUGUAAGGCAAUUGCUUCACCUGUUUCCCAGGAGAGCUUUGCAACUAGGCUUUUGGCUGCAAGUCCGAAUGUCAAUGUUCCGGAGAUAUCUGGAUCUCCACUACAUGCUGAAGAAGGAUUGGAGGGAUGUGAAAUAUAUGAUGCCUUAAAAACAAACUCGAAGGUGGAUCCUCGCAAACUUCUUCACUACAAUGUCUCUAACUUGCUAAGAGCGGCAGGAUGGCGUAUUGAGAGGCGCAAAAGACCUAGCAGGCUUUAUGCGGAAUCAGUUUAUAGGACACCAAAUGGAAGAGUAAUACGUGAGUUCCCUAAAGCUUGGAGGUUAUGCGGAAAACUUCUGUUUGCAGAUAAAUAUAGCUCACUGCAGGAACGUAAUGGUAAGAUAUGGGUUGAUAUUAGUCAGUUCUUGUCCGAUUUAUCUGAUACUUUACUAAAUCUUGAGAAAGAUAUGAAUCAUUCGGAAUUGUCUUAUCAAUGGAGGCUUUUAGAUCCCUUUGUUACUGUCGUAUUUAUUGAUAGAAAGGUUGGUGCAUUAAGGAAGGGAGAGGUAGUUAAAGCAUCUCAAAAUCUACUAAAUGGUCAUUCUCUGGCUGCUGAAAGUGGGUUGGUUGUUUAUGGGGGAAACCAUUGUCAGCAAUCUGGCUACGAAAGUUUAUCACAAUAUGGCCGGGUAAAAAGUGAAGAGGAAGUGGAACUUUUGAUGGGUGAACCUAUCUUUACAGCUAAGAGUGAAGAUAUGUACUUGGUUAAUGCGGCCAAUGGGAUUGAAAAUCAAUGUAGUGAGUUCUCUAAUGAUAAAAUAAGCUGUCUGGAUAGAACUUCGUUACCCACUUGUGGGACUGAAAAUACUUCUGUCCAGUCGGCUGGUUGCCUGCAUGAUCUCCCUGUUAUUCCUAGAAACUGUAACAAUGUGCAUGGAGUUGUUUCUUCUAAUCAAUAUGGAAAUGAGAAUUCCCCUGUCUAUGAUAAACAAUGCUCUGAACAUAUCCCCGAAACAACUAAGGAAGUUGUGGAUGCAUCAAUGGAUUGUUCUGAGGAAAAGGAUGAACUGCCAAGAGGCCAAGUACCUGAUGUUGGGAAUUAUUUGCGGGGAUCAUUAGAUAACCAUCCAAACAGUACAAGUGAUAGUCUUGUUCAUUUUCAAGACUUGGAGGCUGUUCAGCUGUCCGGACAUGAAGCAGAGGAAGGUAAGCAUUGCUUUGAACCUUCGAAAUUCAAGUUUGUGGACAUAUAUUCUCCAGGAGAUAUUAUUUUGAAAAAGAAGACACGCAGGAAGUCUAAAAAGAUAUCUGAAAUCAAACCAAGCUCAUUAUACCAAAGUGAUAUUCUUGCUUCAUCCUCUAGCAAUAAGGUAAACUUGCAGCUUGUUAACAUUAAUGGUACUCGAUUAGAGUUGGACGAGGUUGAGAGGAACCUCAUAGCAAAUGCAAGAAAUAAAGGACGAGGCAAAAAGGCUUCUUCUCUUCACUCUUUCCAACAUCAGAUAGAGAAAAAAGGCUCAAAGUUUAAGAGGUUUUGUCAUGAUUUUAAUGAUCCUAAAAUUGGAAAAGCCAAAUCAACUGGAUGCCAAAUUGAGGAUGAUGACUUGUUGGUUUCAGCUAUCAUAAAAAACAAAGAUUUUAGCCCUAGUACCGUUAGAUGUGUUUCUAGAAAAAAAGCCCAUAAAUCAAGAGCCUGGAGAAAGCUUAAAAGCCGAAAGGGCAGUUGCAGAUUGCUACCAAGAAGCCUGGUUAAUGGCGGGAAGCACUUUAAGGAUGGAAAGUGGUAUAUAUUAGAAGUAAGAACGGUUUUGUCUUGGUUGAUAGAUGCUGGGGCCAUAUCUCUGAAUGAUGUGAUACAGUAUCGGAACCCUAAGGACGAUGCAGUCGUGAAAGAUGGUCUGGUUACGAGGGAUGGUGUUUUUUGUAAGUGCUGCAGUAAGGUGCUAACCAUUUCUGACUUCAAGGCUCAUGCUGGGUUCAAAUUGAACCGUCCAUGCUUGAAUCUUUUCAUGGAAUCAGGUAAGCCCUUUACCUUAUGCCAGCUUCAAGCCUGGUCAGCUGAGUACAAGACCAGAAAAAGAGGGAACCAAGCAGUACAAGAUGAUGACAAUGAUCAAAAUGAUGAUUCAUGUGGGCUCUGUGGUGAUGGGGGCGAGUUAAUAUGCUGUGACAAUUGUCCUUCUACUUUUCACCAGGCUUGUUUGUCUACACAGGAGCUUCCAGAAGGCAACUGGUACUGCCCAAACUGCACCUGCCAGAUAUGUGGCGAUUUGGUAAAUGAUAAAGAGGCUUCAAGUACUUCUGAUGCAUUAAAAUGUUUACAGUGUGAACAUAAAUAUCAUGGGUUUUGUAUGAAAGAAAAAGUUACGCACCAAGGAGCAAUAUCAGAUCCGUGGUUAUGUGGUAGAAGCUGUCAGGAGGUUUACUCUGGUCUUCAAUCUCGUGUUGGUGUCAUUAAUCAUAUUGCUGAUGGUUUUUCAUGGACACUGCUUAAAUGUAUUCAUGAUGACCAAAAGGUUCAUUCUGCCCAGCGAUUUGCCUUGAAGGCAGAAUGCAAUUCAAGAUUAGCUGUUGCUCUUACUCUUAUGGAGGAAUGCUUUGUGUCAAUGGUGGAUCCAAGAACAGGCAUAGACAUGAUACCUCAUGUCAUGUACAAUUGGGGGUCUGAUUUUGCACGUCUGAAUUUUCAAGGAUUCUACGCAAUGGUCUUGGAGAAAGAUGAUGUGCUGGUUUCUGUAGCAUCCAUCAGGAUACAUGGAACAACUGUUGCAGAGAUGCCCCUUAUUGCAACAUGUAGUCGAUACCGUCGCCAGGGAAUGUGUCGACGUCUUGUGACUGCAAUUGAAGAGAUGCUAACGUCUUUUAAGGUAGAAAAGCUCAUAAUAGCUGCCAUUCCAAAUUUGGUGAGCACAUGGACUGAGGGUUUUGGCUUCAAACCUGUCGAAGACAGUGAAAAGCGUAGUCUAAACAAGAUCAACUUGAUGGUCUUUCCCGGUACAAUUUUGCUCAAGAAAUCCUUGUAUGAGAAACAAAAAGAACUCUAUCAAUCUGUUGAUCCAUCAGCCGUUGCAGAUGCAUCAGCAAAAGUAGAUGUCAUUUGCAAAAUAGAGUCCACAGAUGACUUUGGACGUCAAUCUGACAAAGAUUAUUGCCCCAAUGAAGCUGCUACUAAACUGGAACAAGAAUUCGAGGAGCACAAGAAUUUAAGAGAAUUUGAAUGUGGUGCUAAUGGUAAAACCGCUGAGGAUGAGAUGGAACCAGAUAGUACCUCGUCAAUGGUACAAGAUGAAUCGACUAAUAUUCAUUCUAGAGAGACCAACACCAGGUAUGCAUGGCUUUCCGAUGAGACAUGUUCUGCCAGUGAAUUUUGUACUGAAACACUGGUAAAGCCUACAGGAAGCGAGAAUUUGCUGGGAUCUCAAGUCUGUGAUGAAGCAGGAGAUAGACUCGUGCAAGGCGAGGAUCUGCAGGAGCUAGAAGUUGGUACGAAAGUGGAAAACAUCGAGUCUGUACAACCAUGUGAUGGAAUCUGCAGUAAGUCAGAAGCAGGUGCAAGAACAGAAACUGGGCUAGUUGAUGACAACAAUUUGCCGGAAUCUGAAGUUGAGACAAAAAUGGAAAUGUUAAAGUGUGUGGAACAAACUUACAUAAGGUGUGACAAUGAAGCUGAAGUGACACAGAUGGAAACUGAAGAUUUGCAAGUAGGUGAAGCAAAAGGAGGUAGUACUUUGCAGGAACAAUUUUCAAAACCAUCCUGCGAAGUUGAAGAAGAAGAGGAGGAGGCAGCUUCAAAAAUGUUAGUAGAAGGGAAUAGCCAGCCUGAAACUGAAAUUGUUAGUGGUAGUAAUGUUAAAUCCUCUGGUAUAUGUGAGGAAAAGCAAAAGCUCUGUUUGAACGAAAAGCUACAUAAAACUUGUGAGGUUAUGUAAUAAAAGCAAACAAUUUAUAAAAGAAA